AUGACCUUUCAACCCUUUAUAGGCCUUGAGCUCAAAGGCUUGGAGGCCGGGGUUUUGCGUGAAGAUGCCUUUGCCCUGGGCCCCCAGGAGUCGCAUUGGCCUGUGAAAAGUCCGGCCAGUGGCAGUGGACUCUCUGGCUCCUUGCCGAGGACUUCACGUUGGCUGAGCCUCGGACCUCAUGCCGUGACAGAGCACUUGCAAGCCAUUGCUAGUGGCAAGUUGGAAGUGUACGAGGCCACUGCGUUCUCCAACCUCGAGGAGAGCAAGGACCGCACUCUGGCCAUGUCCGCUGGUGAUACAUUCCUGGCCGAGGCUGCCGUCUUGCAGAACGCAGAGGCGGUGCUGGCCCAGGACCGUCGCCUCCCCUGCAGCAUCGUCACCUAUGGGGCGGCAGUGGCCGCAAGCAAGGCGGCCCCCUGGCGGAUUGUUCUAGAGCUGCUGAAGCAGCUGGAGGCCUCACUCUGCGAAUGCAACACCAUCACCUACAACGCGGCCAUCAUUGCUUGCGCUGAAGGUGGCGAGCGCGGCAAAGCUUGGCAGCUCUUCGAGAAGUUCAAGGCCAGCCGGCUGGAGUACGAUGCGAUCACUUACACUGCGGCCCUCGCGGCCUCUGGGUCCUGGGAGACGGCGCUGUCUUUGACAUCGGACGCUGCGCACUCCUCGCACCUUGACCUCGUCACCUGCAGCGCCGCCAUCAACGCCUGCGAACGCGCCGCUCGGUGGCGCCAAGCCUUGGACGUGCUCUGCACCGCACUGGCAGCCAGUCUGCAGUGCGACUCCGUUGCCUACGACAGUGCCAUCGUGGCAUGCAAAGUAGCGCAGACCUGUGGCUUCGCCAACUCAGAAAGGCUUGCGGCCGCCUGCUCCACCUUAAAGUUGGCGGGCAAGACGACCCUGGCCCGGGCGUUGAGUAAGAGGACCGGGGCCGUGUACAUUUCGGUCGCCUCGGUCCUUGGCGACCUGAUCGCGCCCGGGGCGCUGCCCUGCAAACUCUCCAAGGACGUUGCCAAGGCCCUGCGGAGUGGUAAAGAGGUGCCGAUCGACUUGGUCAUCGCUGCGCUACAGCAGCGGCUGAUUUCUGCCGACUGCCUGCGCUCGGGUUGGAUCUUGGACGACUUCCCAUGCACCGCUGCGCAGGCGGAAGCCCUGACCCAUGCUGGGAUCGUCCCACAUCGGGUCCUCCUGCUGGGCGCAACUGAGGCGACGAUCUUCACCCGAACGCUGGCCCUCAAUGCCACCUCAGGGGAAGACGCAGGCGCAUUGGUGCAGCAAGAGCUGGGCCUGCAGAAGGAGCGGAUGUGCAGCUUCCAGGACUCCUCUUCGGCGCUGCGGGUGUUCUACGCCUUGACCUUUGAGAACUUGCGGGACAUCGACGGUGCGCGGCGCGCGGCUGAGUGA